AUGGGAGAACUUCUUGUGGAACCGAGUACUGCAGUUCACUUCAAAGGUCCCUUCUACGAUGCCUCCAUGAGCGAAGUGAAACUAACCAACAGCUACAAUAACGAGCAGAUAGCCUUCAAGUUCCUCACCACGGCCAACACCCACUUCCAGGUUGGACCAGUGUACGGUCUGAUUAAGCCAGGAGAGACGCUGACAGUGGACAUUCUCCUGCAGCCACUGGUCGAUCGUCAUGGGCGACAGACAGGUGGCCCCUUUGAUCGUCGAAAGCAGAAGUUCAUGAUCAAGUGGCGACCAGUGAUGCGAGGGGAAGAGAUCAAAACGGCCGAUGAUGGAUCAGUGGAGAUGAAGAACGUAGUCAAUGAACUGUUUGCCAAUGUUCCGCCACGUAAAGUUCAGCUGUCUUGCGUCUUUGAUGAGAACCCUCCGCCACCGCCACCACCACCACAAAAUGUCAAUAGCAACAACAGUGGAGCGGCAGUGCAAGAAUCGGGUGGCUUUGAACUGCAGCCUUUAAAUGCAGAAGUUGGCAUUACGGGAGCAGCUAAAGUGGCUCAGAAGCAUUCUGGUGCAGUGGAUGCCGAUUCACUGGACGAUAUGCUGCAGCCAGAAGUGAUUGCCACUCUGGGCGUUCUCCUCUUGGCUAUAAUUAUUCUCAAUUGUAUCCUCUAA